CAAAGAUAUCUCGUCUUCGAUGGACACACUUCUGUGUCAGGUCGGCGUCUGCUGUCAAUUACAACCCGAAUGGUUGACCACUUUUAAGGAGUUUAAAAUAAGAUUCCAAUUGAUUCACGGAAAUCAUAGACUAUCGACCGCUACCACCAAAACAGUCAGUCCUUCGAAAUCAUUUUUCCAUCGCCUGUCGUUUGAAGAGUGGAUACCAUUUGAUUGGCCCAUAUUUAGUCUUCCUCGAGAAGUAAAACUUGAAUUGACUUUAAUUGGUAUCAAGAAUACUGUCAACCAAUCUGAUGGCAACCCCUCUCCACCAGCAAACAUGUCGACCAAUUCAUCUGGAAGUCUAGAACCAACUCAAGAGUUAGGCGUCGGUUCGAUGUAUUUGUUUGAUUUUAAUCAGAUUUUAGCCGACGGACAGUAUUUGAUUCCUCUUUGGAUUAAUUCGUCUGAAUUCUGUAUAGAAAGCGAUGCAAAACUUAUAAACUCGUUGUGUUUCGAAAGAGGCAAUCCUUUAGUUCACAUUAGUUUUCCCGAAACUGAUUUCGAAAUCAAGUUUCCGCCCACUAUUUGGGACCAAACCAGCGAUUCUGCCGUUAAAUUGCAACGAAAUAUCAAUUCUUUGGAUUCUGCGACUCAAACAGAAUUAUUUCAAUUAUUAAAUCGCAAUCCAUUGGAACCGAUGUCUUGUGGAGAUCGGGAACAGUUAUGGGACCGAAGAUACUAUCUGUACGACUGCGCUGAGGCUCUUCCUAAAGUUUUGUUGGCCUCUCACACGUGGGAAUCGACCGCAUUUCCUCUUGGAGUGACACCAAUGACACCCCUGUCUCACAGUCUAUCGGCGCCUUCAUUCUCGGCAAACGCUUUCUCAAACACGACAUAUAGUUAUUCAUAUUCACCAGUGUUUCAAUCCAUGACAUCAAACGCAACAACAAAUGUCGCCACAACUGAAGACAUCAAAAGACUCGUCACAAACGGCAACCAAAAAAAUAGUUCAACAAUUGUUUCGAGCCGUGAAUCCAAAGCAAAUAACAGCGAUUUGAUUGAUUUGGUGGACAAUGAAGGCCAAGACAUUCUCGAAAUGUUUGAUCCAUUAAGUCGUCAGGAAAACAAUGACUUAAACUUUUCCAACAACUUUGAACUCGACUCCGAGUCUUCAGCUCAAGAAACUAAUAAACCAGAAGCAGAAUCUUUAACGAAAACGGAAACCAAUGAAAUUAAAGCCGAAGAACAGCCGAAAGAGUUCAGUUCCAACUCGAAUGAUAUCCAUAAACCCUUUCGUGUGGUUUCGCGCAAAGGUCGCGCUAACGAAGAGUUGGACAACUUUUUUAAGCAAUUAGUUGUGUUGAGACGACAGUAUCGUCACGACGACUACAUCGCCAACUCUGGACUCGUAAUAUCUCCCACUUUGGACGCACAACACGACAAAUCUCUGAGCGUCAAACUCGUGAUCGAAACUCAAUUAUCUCCGCAACCGGUUUCGUUCACUUGCAAUGUGGAC